UCCCCCUCUCCUUCUCCCUCCUCGGCCCCCUCCCCCUCCCCAGCGCUUCGAUCCAAGAUGGCGGCGCUGAGCAGCGGCGGCAGCGCCGAGGGGGCCUCGCUCUUCAACGGGGACAUGGAGCCCGAGCCGCCUCCGCCGGGGGCCUGCUACGCGGGGGGCGGCGGCAGCGCCGGAGGAGACCCCGCCGUCCCUGAGGAGGUGUGGAACAUCAAACAGAUGAUUAAGUUAACACAAGAGCACAUAGAGGCCCUUCUGGAGAAGUUUGGAGGAGAGCAUAAUCCACCAUCUAUAUAUUUGGAGGCCUAUGAGGAAUACACCAGCAAGUUAGAUGCACUGCAGCAGCGGGAGCAGCAAUUACUAGAAUCCAUGGGGAAUGGAACUGAUUUCUCUGUCUCCAGUUCUGCUUCAACAGAUACCGUUACAUCAUCGUCAUCCUCUAGCCUCUCGGUAGCCCCAUCAUCCCUCUCAGUUUAUCAGAACCCUACAGAUUUGUCACGGAAUAACCCUAAGUCUCCACAGAAACCUACAGUUAGAGUCUUCCUGCCCAAUAAACAGAGGACCGUGGUUCCAGCAAGAUGCGGGGUAACAGUCCGGGAUAGCUUAAAGAAAGCUUUGAUGAUGCGAGGUCUUAUUCCAGAGUGCUGUGCUGUUUACCGAAUACAAGAUGGGGAGAAGAAACCUAUCGGUUGGGAUACAGACAUUUCCUGGCUUACUGGAGAGGAAUUACAUGUGGAAGUCUUGGAGAAUGUGCCUCUUACAACACAUAACUUUGUACGAAAGACAUUCUUUACUUUAGCAUUCUGUGACUUCUGUCGAAAGCUGCUUUUCCAGGGAUUCCGCUGUCAGACUUGUGGAUAUAAAUUUCACCAGCGUUGUAGUACAGAGGUGCCAUUGAUGUGUGUGAAUUAUGAUCAACUUGACUUGCUGUUUGUCUCCAAGUUCUUUGAGCACCACCCAAUACCGCAGGAGGAAACCUCCUUAGGAGAGACCACGCUGGCGUCUGGAUCAUACCUAUCAGUGGGCCCCUCAGAUUCUCCUGGCCCAGCAAUCCUCCCUAGUCCAUCUCCUUCGAAAUCCAUUCCGAUACCCCAGCCAUUCCGUCCAGCAGACGAAGACCAUCGGAAUCAGUUUGGUCAACGAGAUCGCUCCUCAUCCGCCCCCAACGUGCACAUCAACACGAUAGAACCUGUCAACAUUGAUGAAUUCAUUAGAGAUCAAGGGUUGCGAGGAGAGGGAGGUUCAACCGCAGGUCUGUCGGCUACACCUCCUGCUUCCCUACCUGGGUCCCUCACCAGUGUGAAAGCAUUACAGAAAUCCCCAGGCCCUCAGCGAGAGAGGAAAUCCUCCUCAUCUUCAGAAGACCGGACUCGAAUGAAAACCCUUGGUCGACGAGACUCGAGUGAUGACUGGGAGAUACCAGAUGGCCAGAUCACAGUUGGACAAAGGAUAGGCUCCGGGUCUUUUGGAACAGUCUAUAAAGGAAAGUGGCAUGGUGAUGUGGCAGUGAAAAUGUUGAAUGUUACAGCCCCCACCCCUCAGCAAUUACAGGCCUUUAAAAAUGAAGUAGGAGUGCUCAGGAAAACACGGCAUGUGAAUAUAUUACUUUUCAUGGGUUAUUCCACUAAGCCGCAGUUGGCUAUAGUUACGCAGUGGUGCGAGGGUUCCAGCCUUUACCACCACCUGCACAUCAUCGAGACCAAAUUUGAGAUGAUCAAGCUGAUCGACAUUGCACGGCAAACAGCGCAGGGCAUGGAUUACUUGCACGCCAAGUCCAUCAUCCACAGAGACCUCAAGAGUAAUAAUAUAUUUCUUCAUGAAGACCUCACAGUAAAAAUAGGUGACUUUGGCCUAGCUACAGUGAAGUCACGGUGGAGUGGGUCUCAUCAGUUUGAACAGUUGUCUGGAUCAAUUCUCUGGAUGGCACCAGAGGUGAUACGGAUGCAGGAUAAGAACCCAUAUAGCUUUCAGUCAGAUGUAUAUGCAUUUGGGAUUGUUUUGUAUGAGCUGAUGACUGGGCAGUUACCCUAUUCAAACAUCAACAACAGGGACCAGAUCAUUUUCAUGGUGGGGCGAGGAUACCUCUCUCCAGACCUCAGCAAAGUGCGCAGCAACUGUCCCAAAGCUAUGAAGAGGCUCAUGGCAGAGUGCUUGAAAAAGAAGCGGGACGAACGGCAUCUCUUCCCACAGAUCCUUGCCUCCAUUGAGCUUCUGGCCCGGUCGUUGCCAAAAAUUCACCGCAGUGCAUCUGAGCCCUCCUUGAACCGGGCUGGAUUCCAGACAGAGGAUUUUAGUCUGUAUGCUUGCGCUUCUCCAAAAACACCCAUUCAGGCAGGGGGAUAUGGUGCGUUUCCUGUACACUGA